UGAAUACUGAAAUAAAGGCAAUUGUGCAAUUAGUAAACCCGUGGCAGCGGCUAGCGUGGAGCAGCCGCCAGUCUCCGUCAGCUGAGCUCCGCCAUCACGAUGCAAGCCACCGUCUUGUGCAGGGUUUCCAGGGUGACCCGCGCCGCCAGGACCCAGUUGGGUCUGGGCUCUGGGCCGACAGGAGCCCUAGCAACUGUGAGUCAGCGCCGCCAUGCUUCACAUGAAGCUGACCUAGUGGUGAUUGGCUCAGGCCCCGGUGGCUAUGUGGCGGCCAUCAAGGCUGCUCAGCUGGGCAUGAAGACUGUGUGUGUGGAAAAGAAUCCAACAUAUGGAGGAACUUGCCUCAAUGUGGGCUGCAUCCCCUCCAAGGCACUCCUCAACAACUCCCACUUUUACCACAUGGCCAAGAGCAAAGACUUCGCAGAACGUGGCAUAGAGGUGGAAAAUGUAAGAGUGAACCUGGAUAAACUAAUGGCUUCCAAGAACAAGGCAGUGACUGCACUCACUGGGGGCAUUGCCCACCUCUUCAAAAACAACAAGGUCCUUGGCCUCAAGGGUCAUGGAAAGAUCACCAGCCCCACAGAGGUCACAGUUAUGAAGGAGGAUGGUGAGAAUGAUACAGUGCGUACCAAGAACAUCCUCAUUGCCACAGGAUCUGAGGUGACACCGUUCCCAGGCAUUGAGGUGGAUGAGGAGUCUGUUGUGUCAUCCACUGGAGCUCUCAAGCUGUCCCGUGUCCCUGAACACAUGGUGUUGAUUGGCGCUGGUGUCAUUGGUCUCGAGCUGGGUUCUGUGUGGUCUCGCCUUGGAGCCAAAGUGACAGCUGUGGAGUUCCUGGAUUCCAUUGGUGGCUUGGGCAUUGAUGGAGAGAUUUCAAAGAACUUCCAGCGCAUCCUCACCAAGCAGGGCAUAAAAUUCAAGUUGAGCACAAAGGUCUUAUCUGCAUCCAAGGAAGGAAGCACCAUCAAGGUUGCUGUAGAGGGAGUGAAGAAUAACAAAAAAGAGGAGCUAGAGUGUGACACGCUCUUGGUGUGUGUUGGCCGCCGCCCUUAUACUUCAAACUUGGGCUUGGAGGAGCUGGGCAUUGAGAAAGAUGCCAAGGGUAGGAUCCCUGUGAACUCAAGAUUCCAGACUGUAAUUCCCAACAUCUUUGCCAUUGGGGACUGCAUCCAUGGCCCCAUGCUGGCUCACAAGGCUGAGGAUGAGGGCAUCGUUUGUGUGGAGGGCAUUGCUGGUGGUCCCGUCCACAUUGAUUACAACUGUGUGCCUUCAGUGAUCUACACACAUCCUGAAGUGGCCUGGAUUGGCAAGACUGAAGAGGAUCUGAAAGCUGAAGGAGUGGAGUACACCGUUGGCAAGUUCCCCUUCGCUGCCAAUUCUAGGGCCAAGUGCAACAAUGAUACUGACGGCCUGGUAAAGGUCCUGGCUGACAAGCACACGGACCGUCUCCUUGGCGCACAUCUUAUUGGACCAGGUGCUGGUGAACUGAUCAACGAGGCUGCACUGGCCAUGGAGUAUGGGGCAAGCUGUGAAGAUGUUGCACGAGUCUGUCAUGCUCAUCCCACCUGUUCAGAAGCGUUCCGUGAGGCUAACUUGGCAGCUUACUUUGGAAAGGCCAUCAACUUCUAAAUCCCAGGGUGUCUUUUUAUUUCUUUCCCAAAGUCCAUCAAUUAUCAGUAUGUCCAUGUCAUAGUUUUGCACAUUAACAUUUCUUUUAUGUAGUAUGAGGUGGGUUCUUAAUGUGUUAUCCACUGCUGUACUGUAUAUGCAUUCACCUUAGGAAUAUGGUGGUGAUGCACUUAGUCACACACACACACACACACACACACACACACACACACACACACACACACACACACACACACACACACACA